UCUCAUUCACAAAAUUCAUCACACAAUCCAGACUCUCUAUCAAAAAAUCCAUUGACUCACUCCUCUUUCUCUGUGAAAACCCAUCACAAAAUUGAUAGAGAGAUGGGAAACUACAUCUCUUGUGCAUCUACCGGCGUUCCCUCGAAGAAUUCCGGUGUAAAAGUCGUGCUUUCUGAUGGAUCGAUAAGACGAUUCGAUCGUCCAGUUAAGGCUGCAGAGCUCAUGUUGGAGGCUCCUAAUCACUUCCUCUCCAAUUCGAAAUCGGUUCAUCUUGGUCGCAGAUUCUCCCCGAUUCCUGCUGAUGAGGACCUAGACAUGGGGGAGGUCUACUUCAUGUUCCCAAUGAGGAGGGCUAAUUCCAUGGUUUCUCCAGCAGAUAUGGCCGGAAUGUUAAUGAGGGCUGAUAAGGCUAUUAAGAAGACUUCUGGGGGUUUGAAAAGGGUGUUGCCAGAAAUUAUUCAAGAAGAGGAUUAUGCCAGGAAAAUUGAUUCCCGGCCGACAGAAAUUGGGGAGGUCGGAAAUUGCGGCGGGGAAGUGAAUUUCCGGCGACCGGGAUUUGAGGAGGUUGAGGACUUUCCAAUGGGUUUUAAUCAUAGGUUGAGCAUGUGUAGAUCAAGGAAACCACGUUUGGAGACCAUCAAUGAGGAGGCCACUGUAUGUUCCAGAUAACAGUGAUAUUAUGGUGAAAUCCGAAGAUUUUUGUAAAAAAGUGUUAUUAAGUGAUUAGGUUUUUGUAUAGGGUUGAAGGAUUUGGAGCCUUGGAUCUACCCUGAAUUUGGAUGGGGUAUGGUUUUUGGAUUGGUUUUUCAUUUUCCCCAUGAUAGAAACCCCGAAAGGUUUCGAUGGGGAAACGUGGUGGGGGAUGAUAAAUUGGAAAAUAGCAAAUAACUUACAUUUGUUAAACUAGUGAAAAUUAUUGCAUAUUUCAUCAA